GAGAGAGAGGUUUCGUGACAAGUUAGAAAUAAGAACCAUAAUCCAUAUACAGUUUCAUAAACUAAGCAUGGAAAUAAGCUGGUUAUAUGGGCUCCUUUGGCUUUUCGUUCUUGCUUUGGCGUUCAAUUUUUCAUCAAAAGGGAAAAGAAAACUUCCACCGAGUCCAGCCCCUGCACUUCCUCUCUUAGGCCACCUCCACCACCUUAAAUUACCUCUUCAUCUAACUUAUCACAAACUCUCUCAAAAAUUAGGCCCCAUCUUCUCGCUUCGUUUUGGCACCCGCCUCAUGGUGGUCGUCUCGUCUCCGGCCAUCGUGGAGGAGUGCUUCACCAAGAACGACAUUGUUUUAGCCAACCGGCCACAGUUCAUCCUAGCAAAAUACAUUGGCUACAACUAUACCACCCUGGUCGCUUCCCCGUAUGGCGAGUAUUGGCGCAACCUUCGCCGCCUAACCACAAUUGAAAUAUUCUCCACUGCUCGCCUCAACAAGUUUCAGUCCAUCAGACACGACGAAGUGAGACUUAUGUUGGAAAAUCUCUAUAAAAACUCGUACCAAGACUUUGCAAGAGUUGAACUCAGGUCUAGGUUUGCUGAGCUAACAUUCAAUAACAUCAUGAGAAUGGUGGCUGGGAAGCGGUAUUUUGGUGAGGCUGACGAAAAUGAGGAGGCGAAGCAGUUUAGAGAGCUUAUAGAUGAGGUUUUCAAGCUAGGAGGCGUAUCAAACCCUGCAGAUUUCUUCCCAGUGUUUAGAUGGAUUGACUACAAAGGCCUUGAGAAGACUUUGGCGAGGUUUGGAGCCAAAAUGGACGCUUUCUUGCAACGUUUAAUUGACCAACACAGAAGAGAUAAGGGUGGAAAUACAAUGAUAGAUCAUUUGCUUUCUUUGCAAGAGUCGGACCCUGCGUACUACACCGAUGUUAUCAUCAAAGGAAUUAUAAUGGUGAUGCUCCUUGCUGGAACAGAGACAUCAGCAUCAACCAUGGAAUGGGCAAUGGCUGCUCUGCUCAACCACCCGCCCAAGCUGGAUAAGGCCAGAGUUGAGAUAGAUAAUCUUGUUGGUAACAAUCGCCUCGUCAAUGAAUCAGACUUGUCCAAGCUUUCAUAUCUCCAAAAUAUUAUUUCGGAGACGUUCCGUUUAUUCCCAGCAGCACCAGUACUAGUACCACAUGAAGCAUCCGCUGAUUGCAAGCUUGGUGGAUACGACAUACCCCGAGGCACAAUCGUGCAAGUAAAUGCUUGGGCCAUACAUAGAGACCCCACAGUUUGGGAUGAUCCUACAAGCUUUAAUCCCGAGCGUUUUGAAGAAGUAGGAGAAGUUGGACCUACGAAGUUGUUGCCGUUUGGGAUGGGAAGGAGAUCUUGCCCGGGCAACGGCCUAGCCAAUCGGGUUGUGGGCUUGACCUUAGCAUCUCUAAUACAUUGUUUUGAGUGGCAAAGGACUGAUGAUGCCUUGGUAGAUUUGACAGAAGGAAAAGGAAUAUCCAGGCCUAAAAUACCACUUGAGGCUAGGUGCAAGGCACGCAAUGUGCUUCAGAAAGCUCUUACUCAACCAGCUUAAAAUCUUUUCUAAAAUAUUUGCACCUACUACGAUGUAUAUGAUGGAGGCAAAAAAAAUAAAAAUAAAAAAGGUCCAGGGCCACCAUAAUAACUCUGGCCAAUGAAUCAUAACCAUGUAAUAGAGGGUAAGUAAAUAAUAAAAUAAUACUCUACUCAAAAUAAUAUAUUUCUACUAGUAUAAACCCCCCAUUUUCUCAUUUAGAGAAAAAGUGAACAACUGAUGUUGCACUCGAAGUGCGUUGAGUCACAUCCUAUAAGUACAAUUCAGUUUUAUCUCACUUUUUGCAAUAUCCUUGUCCAUUUUGAGUCUUGCAUGUUUUUCUAAAUAAUCAUUGGUUGUAUCUUGGAGGAAUGAAACAAUUAGUUGAGCAUCACUAGGACUGGUGUACGUUGUCAACCACAAGUCUCCUAGACUCCUACCAGAGUUUUUUCAUAUAUUUUUACUAUAGGAUUUCUUUAAUAUUGCUCACACUUAUACAACCACUCAUUCAAUACAAUAGAAGUGAGGAAAACAACCUUUGAGGGGUGUUUACGAGAAUUUUAAAAAAGUAUUUUUUUAAUUUUUUCUAAAAAUAUGUGAGCUUUUGUUUUUAUGUAAUUGAUACUUUUAA